AUGCCUAGAAAUUGGCCAAUGUUGGCAAAGACAGUUGCCAUGAUCAAUGUGAUGCUGUUGAACUUCAGCUUUUAUGCGGCUUCAGCAAUAUUCACGCCGAGUAUCCCCAAAAUCGAGGAGGUGUUCGGUGCGAGCACUGCCGAGGGGACGCUCGGACUGUCCCUUUUCGUUAUAGCAUAUGGCAUUGGGCCUCUUAUUCUUUCUCCUCUGUCAAACCUGCCGUCAAUAGGACGUACUCCGGUAUACAUCCUUGGCUCCCUUACGUUCUGCUUAUUCAACAUCGGGACUGCCCUCGCGAAGGACCUGCACACCAUUCUCAUUCUGCGCUUUUUUGGAGGCCUAGUCGGAAGCGCGCCCAUCAGUGUGGGAGGUGCUACACUGAUGGAGAUCUACGAGCCCAACCAGAUCCCGUAUGCCAUUGCCCUGUACGCGGUCAGUGGAAUUUGUGGGCCCAUUCUAGGACCAAUCCUUGGGACGCUGGUAGUAGAGCGUUGGAAAACAUGGACAGCGACUUUAUGGCUCCUCUCAGGUGUCACUGCUCUCACGACUGUGUUUGUAUUCUUCUCACUGCCCGAGACAUUGAACGCCAAUAUCCUUUUACGCCGAGCACAGCGACUCCGCCGCCGUACGGGGAACCCGGCAUAUAGGAGUCAAGCUGAGUUGGAUACACCGGUGGCAAACCUCGCUGUGCGCAUUAUCAGGCAGACAAUUGAUGAUUUCAAACUGUCUUGCAUGGACCCGGUCAUUCUGUUCGUCAACCUGCAUACGAUGCUAAUCUAUGGUGUCCUGUACCUGUGGUUUGAGUUCUUCCCAUUCGUGUUUGAUGGAAUCUACCACUUUAAUGCUAUUCAACAAGGCCUCGCAUUCUUUGGGAUCCUGGUUGGCGCCGUCGUGUCUGUUAUUGCAUACAUGCUAUGGCUAUACUUCUCAUACCAGCCACGGGCCGCGAAACCAGGAGCCAUCGUUGAGCCUGAGGCUCGCUUAGUCCCCGGCCAAGUCGGAGCAAUCUGCAUCCCUAUCUGCCUCUUUAUAUUUGCAUGGACGUCUCGCGAGAGCGUACAUUGGAUUGUCCCUAUCAUUGGGACAGCUUUCUUCGCGCCAGGCUUCUAUCUCACCUUUCAGUCUAUCCUCAACUAUCUGGGAGAAUCCUAUCCAAGAUACGUCGCAAUAUGGAAAGCGUCUACGUUCCUGGAGCAGAUACGCCAACUAGUCAUUCUUGGGAAGAGAUUGGACGGCUGCUGCGAUGGAUCCACUGUUAGGUGUAUGCGUUUUCCUUUCUAUUGCAAAAGGAGAGAACGUGUUCGUGGAGGAUAUGUUUCGGAACUCCGAAGCCUUGUGGUCUAG